GUCAUGAAAGUAUUCACCUUUCUUUUUUGGUCAUGGGAUUUGCCCUACAAUCAGAUCCGACCCAGAACCCGCCCCACCCAACUAUCGUAUCAUGGCAAUCGUGCAACUAGACAACUAGAUUCCUCUGAUCUCCUUCCGAUUUGCCACCUGAUGCUUCACGCUCUGCCCAGGUUUCCGCCAUCAAUACCCGAUUCCUCUGAUCUCCUGAAAUCUGGACUUGUUCUGGCACAAGACCUAUCAUGGACGGCCGCUGCUAUCUCCGCGAAAAGAUCGGCACUCGGGCAGCGCACACACCUGACACUACCUCGGACAGUGACGCGCCGUCGCUCACUCCGGCGAGCCCAGCCCCUCCUGGCAUCGAAUCGGUCCCUUUCUCCUCUUCUCUGGAUGGCGGCGUCGAGGCUGAUUCAGAAAGCGCUCUCAACCGACGAGAUCCGCUCUUUGACACGUCAUUAAUCUGUUCUUUACUCGUUGCUGCUUGCUUUCUUCGCUCCACUACUAAUGACUCCAUGAACGCUGCUCAUGUUCAGCGCUUCAUUUCUAUUUCUUGCCCAAUGAACUUGCCCUUGUUGGAGUACAUUCCCUUCUCCUUCGGUUGAGUGCUGCCAUUUACUUCCUUGCUUCAACAUCGCUGCUGGGGAUUCACUCCCGGAUUGGCUCUAUUCUGUUCUCUUGAUAGGUUGAAACCGAAACCUGUACAUUCAUGCUUAUUUGGCGAACCCUAAACCUGUUCUCUUCCAAAGAUCAUAAAGAAGACUGCUGCUGACUACAUUGGCAUAUUGGUUUCUAUAAGAUGACUUCUUCUUCUUCUUCUUCUUCUUCUUCAUCCACUGCUCCUCAAUUCAAAUAUGACGUCUUCAUAAGUUUUAGAGGUUCAGACACUCGCUGUGGCUUUUUCAGCCAUUUGCUUACAGCAUUACGUCAGAAAAAGAUUCAUGUAUAUGUAGAUUAUAACCUUAAAGAAGGAAAUGAAAUAUUACCAGCACUUUUCGCAGCAAUUGAACAAUCACAAAUUGCAUUAGUUAUUUUCUCGAAAGACUAUGCCUCUUCGAAAUGGUGCUUAGAAGAGCUUGUCAAAAUAACUGAAUGCCAAAAAGAGAAGGGUCAAAUCAUCAUACCUAUUUUCUACAAUGUAGAGCCUUCAGAAGUGCGACAUCAGAAGAGGUCCUAUGCAGAAGCAUUUGUUAAACAUGAAAACAUGAAAAUGAUUUCAAGGACAAAGUCAAUAAAUGGAGAGCUGCACUGCAGAAGUGAGGAAGAAGUUGUCAAACACAUUUUGAAAACUUUAGAUGAUAUGCACCCAGCUUAUGACUUUCAAGGCCUUGUUGGAAUUAAUAAACCAGUCGACGAACUUGAGUCAAUAGUUUUUGCCAAUGGCUCAAAAGAUAUUCGUGUUAUAGGAAUUUGGGGCAUGGGUGGCAUUGGUAAGACUACUAUUGCCACUGUAUUAUUUAACAAAUUGUGUUCUCAAUAUGAAAGUCGUCAUUUCCUAGCAAAUGUCAGAAAGGAGUCAGAGAAGUGGGGAAUAAUUCAAUUAAGAGACAAAAUUCUUUCUGUAUUCACAGACGAAAAAGAUUUAAACAUUGGUGUUCCCAACGGAGUACCGAAACAUGUUUUGAGAAAACUUCGUCGCAGAAAGAUUCUUGUUGUUCUUGACGAUGUUAGUACUUCUGAUCAAAUCACAAACUUAGUUGGAGGACAUAAUUGGUUGGGUCCUGGUAGUAGAAUCAUUGUUACAACUAGGGAUAAACAUGCAAUUUGUAAAGAAGCAGAUGACAUAUACAAAGUAAAGGCAUUGGAAUCUAGUGAUGCCCGACAGCUGCUAAGUUUGCAUGCCUUUGAUGGAACUGAUGGGCAUUGCCUUGAAUUGCACUGGCAUAAUCUUGUGUCGAAAAUGGUUGAAUAUGCUAAAGGCAUCCCAUUAGGAUUGAAAGUUUUGGGUUCUUUUCUUUAUGGCAAAUGCUUUGAAGAAUGGGAAUGUCAAUUCCAGAAGCUUCAGAAAAUGCCCUUUCCAGAGAUUCAUAAUGUGUUGAGAUUAAGUUAUGAAGGAUUGGAUCACCAAGAGAAGAGCAUAUUUUUAUAUGUUGCUUGUUUCUUCAAAGAGGAUGAAGGAAAGGAUACUGUAGAGAAUUUAUUAGAUGCUUGUGGUUACUCAACAUCUAUUGCAUUAAAAACUCUCCAAGAUAGAGCUCUUAUAAGUAUUCAACAUUGUGUAUCCAUGCAUGACUUGAUUCGAGAAAUGGGCCGAUGGAUUGUGCGUCAACAAAGCAUCAAUAAGCCUGGAGAACAACGUCAUUUAUGGGAUCCUCAUGACAUUCAUCGUGUAUUGAAACAUAGAGAGGGCACGGACCAUAUUGAAAGCUUAACCUGGAACAUGUCAAGUGUUAGUGCUGACAUAAGCCUAAGUCCUCAUUUGUUUGCUAGAAUGGAAAAUCUAAAACUUCUGAGGUUUUAUUUCAAUAAUAAUAAUAAUAAUAGCAGUGAUUAUUACUAUUAUUAUUAUUAUUGUUCGGAUAAUAACACAUGCCAAGUGCAUCUUCCAGAAGGUCUUGAAAUACUGCCACAGAAACUACGACUCUUUCAUUGGGACAAUUACCCUGCGAAAUCCUUUCCAACAACAUUCAAUGCAGAGUGUCUUGUUGAACUUCGUAUGAAAGAAAGUCGCGUUGAAAAGCUCUGGGAUGGUGUACAGGAUAUACCAAAUAUGAAAAGGAUUGUUCUUAAUGGAUCCAAACAAUUGAUCGAGAUUCCAGAUUUAUCUAAAGCCUUGAGUCUUCAAGAAUUAGAACUCAUGGGAUGCAUAAAUUUGCUUUCGGUUCACCCAUCAAUUUUUUCUCUCCCAAAACUUGUUACGGUGACCCUAUGGAAUUGCCGAAGGCUUGAGAAACUUCCAGGGUGGUGUGAAGUGAAGAAGGAAGUAUUGAGUGAAGCAUCAGCAUCAUCAACAUCAUCGUGCUCAGGAUCAUCACAUACUUCCCGCUCCAAGCUUCAAUACUUAAACUUGGAUGGAUGUGUGAAUCUGAUGCAUCUGCCAGACAGCUUUUCUAAUCUCACCACUCUUAAAGUGCUUUAUCUUGGAGGGUGCAUAAAGUUAGACGCAUCAAAUCUAUACAUCUUAUUUGAUGCCUUAUCUUCUUUAACACAGCUAGACUUGGAUCAAUGUGAUAAGUUGUAUGAAAUCCCACAUAACAUCAGCAACUUAUCAUUGUUAGAGUCGUUAUCACUCAGGGAAACUAACGUGAAGAGCAUUCCAGAAACCAUCAGACACCUUCCACGCCUCAGAAAUCUCUACUUAACCAGUUGCACGGUGCUCCGGUCAAUGCCUCGAAUUCCACCAUCCCUCCAUUGUUUAACAGCCAAUAACUGCAAAUCGUUGGAGAGAGUGUUCACUCCAACACCUGAACUACUCCAACAACACCUCGCAUUCUACGAAAAGGAGUAUUAUAUUGGAGGCACGGUUUUUUCAUUCAGGAAUUGCCCAAAUUUAAAGAAAGAUUCAAUUGAUGCUAUUCGUGAAUAUGUCAAGUGCUGCAAUGAAGACAUGCUCACCUCUCUGUUUUUGUUUGUUUUUGUUUUUUGUUGCUUAAUUGCUGAGUUCUAUUUUCUUGCUAGUUGUAGUAUGUAUGCACAUUUCUGAGAUUGUUGGAGUUCUGACUACAAUUUUUGGUUAAUGAAGACAAGCUGACUAUUUUUUGUUAUCAAAUAUUUCUGUUCGUAAAUUACACACCGAAAUCAUCAUUUACCUGUAUUACAUGUACAUAAUUAUCAUAUCAGAAAAAAAAAUCUCAAGUUCUCCAUGCAUUUGUGUUACCUUAAGCAUUAGUAUAGCUUGUUUUUUUUUUUAACUUUUCAUUACCUUAUGAAACAAUUAUAGUAACAUUACAAUCAUUAUUAAUUAAAAUUCGCCUAACUAACCAUAUUGACCCAAUAAUAAUCAAAAGAAACUAAGACAGAAGAUGGUAAUUGACAAGUAGUCAAAUUGUAUCUUGUUUAACUAAAGGGUGAUUUUAUUGGAGGAGAUACGACCGUGGAGGAGGCUGACCAACUGCAGAGGAGCAAGAAAAAACUUUGAAAUGAUGGGGGCACUUAUAUCGGAGAGACUUUCAGGAUCCCCAGAAAGGAGGAUUGAAUGUACGAGAAGACCACUUUUGUGGGAGUCAAAGGAAGAAGGAA